CCAUGAAAUAUGAACAACCAGUUGGUAAGCCAUUUUCAAAGCAAUAUUCCUCCGCCAAUAUAUACUUUUCCCUUUCCUUUUUUAGCUCAAGCAUUAAUGCAAACACCUUCCUGUCUCCUCUGUGUUCUUGCCAAGAACUUGGUACUUCACUCAAUAUUCUGAAACAAGAAAUGAAGUCCAUAUGUGGUCUAGUUGUUCUUUUUUUUGUAAUGCUUCCCCAUGCUGCUGCAUAUGAUCCACUGGAUCCAACUGGAAACAUAACAAUAAAAUGGGAUGUUGUCUCUUGGACGGCUGAUGGCUAUGUGGCAUCAGUGACGAUGAGCAACUUCCAAAUGUACCGUAGCAUCGUGAGCCCGGGGUGGACACUAGGGUGGCAAUGGGCUAAGAAAGAAGUGAUAUGGUCCAUGGUUGGGGCUCAAACCACCGAGCAAGGUGACUGUUCCAAAUUCAAAGGAAAUGUGCCCCACUGUUGUUUGAGGAAGCCUGUUGUGGUGGAUUUACUCCCUGGCGUUCCUUACAACCAGCAGUUCUCCAAUUGCUGUAAAGCCGGUGUAGUGUCCGCUUGGGGACAAGAUCCGUCGAGUUCAGUCUCCGCCUUUCAAGUCAGCGUUGGAGUCGCUGGAACUUCAAAUAAAACAGUAAAGCUACCCAUGAAUUUCACUUUGCUCGGUCCGGGGCUAGGCUACACUUGUGGCCCUGCUAAAGUUGUGCCUUCCACGGUCUACUUAACAGCCGAUUAUCGGCGAAAAACUCAGGCAUUGAUGACAUGGAAUGUAACAUGCACUUAUUCACAAUUUCUUGCCGCAAAGAACCCAAAAUGUUGUGUUUCAUUCUCAUCUUUCUAUAACCAGACUAUCACACCUUGUCCGAAAUGCGCUUGCGGCUGUCAGAAUAAAAACAACUGUGUUGUGAGUGAUUCGAAGCAAGCACACAAGAAAGGAAUAAAUACACCAAGGAAAGACAAUGCGCCAUUGUUACAAUGCACACAUCAUAUGUGCCCAAUAAGAGUGCAUUGGCAUGUGAAGCUCAACUACAAGGAUUACUGGCGUGUAAAGAUAGCCGUUACAAAUUUCAAUUACCGCAUGAACUACACACAGUGGACACUAGUUGCUCAGCAUCCCAAUCUCAAUGCCGUCACCCAAGUUUUUAGCUUUGAUUACAAGCCUCUAGUGCCCUAUGAAGCAAUAAAUGAUACAGGCAUGUUUUAUGGCAUGAAAUUCUACAAUGACCUAUUAAUGGAAGCAGGGCCUCAAGGAAAUGUACAGUCAGAGGUGCUGUUAAGGAAAAACAAGGACACAUUUACCUUCAGACAUGGGUGGGCAUUUCCUCGGAAAGUCUACUUUAAUGGCGAUGAAUGCUUGUUGCCUCCUCCUGAUGCUUACCCUUUUCUUCCCAACUCUGCUAAAGUAAACUCGAUCACUAUAUCAACAAUGGUGGUCUCUGCCCUACUGUUUCUAUUCAUCAUUAGUUGAAGAUCAUAUGAAAAGAAGAUGGAAGGUUGAAUCGGUGAAAUCUCCAAUUCUCAAUUCUAACUAAUUCAACGGGUUGAAUAAUGUAAAUUGUAUUUCUUUUUUAAUACUUAAAUACUAAAGUUCAUGUUAAAUAUAA